CCGCCUUCAGACCGUUUUACCGACAUGUGCUCACACUGGUUCUAGUGCUUCACCAUGGUCUCUGCGGGGGGCAGAACAUCUGUCCCCGCGGUGCACGCACUGCGCGUCGGUGCAGCCGAUGCUGUGACGUCACUUACCGGAUGAGCCAGUUGUUUCACGUCAAAACAAUCCGGAAGAUGAUACAACGUGACGGAACUGUUGUCGCAGCUGACACCGCUGAAGCUUAAUUAACAACCUUUAUUGUUGUUUUUACGGUGGGUGGUGGGACUUAAACGCGUUGAUGAGUCUAAAAUCCGACACAGCGACUCGGGCAAAGGUUGUCCCCUGUUGUCUUUAGCCGGUCGAGCCGCGGGUUUUCCAUUCAAAGUCCAUGUUAAAAUAUCGUAGCAGUGUUAGCUCAUCGCGGACAGGCUCGAAGUCAUCAUGGGCAAUGGAAUGAAUAAGGUUGUGGACGGGCUUUACCUUGGGAAUAUAAGAGAUGCAGAAAACAGAGAAAGCCUUUCUAAGAAUGGCAUCACCCACAUCCUGUCUGUGUACAACAAUGCCAAGCCUGUGUUUGAGGACGUGACGUAUCUUUGUAUUCAUGCAGCUGAUGCUUCCAGCCAGAACUUAUUGCAGCAUUUUAAAGAGUGCAUCGGCUUCAUCCACGAGUGCCGCCUGAAUGGCGGAUCCUGUCUUGUUCACUGCCUCGCAGGUGUGUCCCGCAGCACCACCAUGGUGGUGGCCUACCUGAUGACCAUCACCCACUACAACUGGGAUGAGUGUCUAUCUGCAGUCAAGGCUGUUCGCUCCUUUGUCGGCCCAAACUCUGGCUUCCAGCAGCAGCUGCAGGAGUACCAGACGACACAAGUGUCAGAGUAUCGCACAUGGUUAGGGUCCAGUUUCCGUCCCAGUCCAUUUAAUGACCAGGAGCAGGUGGGUGUCCUGCUGAGCCAGUACACCGAGCAACAGGAAAGCCAGCGGAGAGGAGCAGACCGACGCUGGAUAAAUCCUGCCAGGCCGUCAGACCCUGCUGAUCCUGAAGGCAGCAGCUGAAACAUGGACCUCUGACGAUGCUAAUGUCCUGCUCAAGGCUGUCUCUAAAUGGCAGUAUCUAUUAUUAUUAUUAUUAUUAUUACUAUUUCCAAAUCAACCUUUUAUCCAACUUGAAGGCAUUUGUUCAACUCUGAAUAAUAUGAAAUAUAUUUCAUACUUUUAUUACAGCUGUCUAAUCGUGGUGGUUGGGUUAGAAUUGGGCUUUAGACGUUUGUCCACUACCAGCAAGGAACAUUGCUUUCCAGUUAUGUUGAUAUCCAGUCAAUGCUGGUGGACAAUCAAAUCCCCUUAAACAAAAUUCUUAGCAGUUAUUCCGACAUGGACCAGUUUGUGCCCUGUCCGGGUCAUACGUGUAAAAACUGGACAUUGCAUAACUACACUAUAAGCGAAUAAUGGUCAUGUAUUGUUCAUCGCAAAUAGGUGUGUCCCUUUCAUAUAUAUUUAACAGCGGUUAGCGGGAGGGGGGGUGGGAGUCGGCUUUAUCAGUUACAGAACAAAAGAAAGAAAGGACAAAAGUUCAAAAGGCCAAACCCUCUAUUGUUAGUCACCCUGUUAAAUAAAUGGGUCAUUUGUGCGUAAACUGCUUCGGUUUUCUGUAGAGUUGCAGAGAACAUUCUACCAUGGACAUUUAAGAACCUGCAACUAGAAGUAACCUCCAGAGUAAGUUUACAAAUUGGUGAAACGUUCCUUUAAGCAACGCAUAGCAAGUUGAAUUGGGAAGCACAACAAUACAUAUGAAGAAUAAACUGCCGAUGUGCAAAUGUGAAAGUCUUCCUGAUUUUCUUUUAUUGUGACAGAGAGCUGAUUUACAUGUUAUGUGUGUUAAAGGUUAAUGGCUAUUGGUAAGUUUUUUCAAUUGUGUAUUUAUGAUGCUUUUUGUUUGUGUUUUAUAAUAAAAUGCAGGGUUGACAAAAAAUCAGAAAUGCUAAUAAAUAUAUACUAUCGA